AUGUCGCUUCUUCCGUUGGCAGUCCUGCUCUUUGUAGCAAGUGCCCUCGCCACAUCCAAUCGAAUUGUUGGGGGAGAAGAAACAACAAUCGAAAAGUAUCCAUACAUAGUGCAAGUGGAGACCUACAAUACAUUUAACGGUAACUGGAACCAAGGGUGUGGAGCCAAUAUCCUCUUAAAAAACUGGGUUUUAUCAGCAGCGCACUGUUUUGAAGGAUGGAACUACACACCUGAAUUCAGACGUAUCAGAGCUGGAACCACAUACCGUAAUGAAGGUGGAGUUGUCCACUACGUAGAUAUUGAGAUAAACCACCCAGAAUACCGUAAAGCCGCAAGAUUUGAUGCCGACAUCAGCAUUGUGAAAUUGUCUACUCCUUUGGUCUGGAAUCCAGUGAUCCAGAGAGCAACUAUCGUGUCACAAGGCUAUGAAUUGCCUGAUAACGCCCCUGUGGUCCACGCAGGUUGGGGGGACACUUCUUUUGAUGGAGUUGCAUCAAGGGUUCUCCGACACGUAGAAAUGUACAAAAUCAACAAUAUACUGUGCAGGGAUCGCUACAAACAAUUACCAGGCACUAACGUCGUUACACCUAACAUGAUCUGUGCUGGACUUUUAGAUAUUGGAGGACGUGAUGCCUGUCAGGGAGACUCUGGUGGUCCAUUGUAUGCUGGAGGGAUUGUCGUCGGUAUAGUAUCCUGGGGACAUGGAUGCGCAAAUGAAACAUACCCUGGCAUUAGUACCAAAGUCUCUAGUUACACUAACUGGAUCACUAAGAACGCUGUCUAA